AUGUCUACUGAAGUAGACAAUACUUCUGUGUUGGCACAGAUGCAGCAGAUGAUAGAUAGCAUUGAUAUGAAUGGGAAUGAUUAUGACUCCGAAGAUUAUGAAUAUGAUUCUGACGACUCUAGUUCUUAUGAUGCUUUAUCAGCUCAACAACAAUGGGAGGAAAGUGUCAAACAAAUCACUGGUCUUGUAAAUAUGGUAAUAUUUCCUUUGAUAGGAAAGCUUCUUGGUAGAAGAAUGGCACACGUUAUAUGGGGUAGAUUUGCUAAUUGGUGGUUUUUAUAA